AUUUAAAAAAUAAUUUGUAAAAAUCAGUGUUGUUUUUUAAAAUGUCUGAUGGAUACUGCAAUUUGGAGUGUCUUGAAUCUUCUAAUUCUGAAAUCGACGUAGCGAAUACUGAAAAUAAUCCGACGAAUAAAAUUAUUUUAAAGAAGAAAAGAGAUAUUUGGAGCGACGACGAAGUUACCUGUUUAUUAAAUGUAGUAUCCGAAUUAAAAAUUGUUGAAAUUUUAGACAGCAAAAAUAUCGCUCGAAUGAUGUUUUCAAAAUAGUAGCAGAAGCUCUGGAAAACAUAGGCUAUAAUAGAAAUUUCGACCAAAUACGGAAUAAAUACAAGUCUCGAAAAAAAGAGUAUUUCAUUGUAAAACGACAACUUAACACCAGCGGAGCAAGAUUUCAUUACAUAUGCUCAUUGCUUUAAGGAGAAAUAAAUUAAAUAUUAAUUUUGGGUACAUUUAUUUUUUAGUUUGUAAUUUGUAGUUAUUUUGUUCGUUGAUAAUCAUGUCAUAUUUCUGCUAUCUAGUGGAUUAUCUGAUGAUUUAUUCUUUGAGGCCGUGAUUCUACAAGACUUAAAAAACAGGUUUUUUUUCUCCCGCAAACAUUCGAUUCCGGUGGAAACGGUAUAUUUUCAUUCCAACUCUACCUUCUUUCUUGGGAUGGUUGAGUUGUGUGCGUUUUCUUCCGUUUCCACCAUCGGAAAUAUGUGUAGUUAUGAAAUUUUUCGGAAUUUUGAACUCGCCUCUACUCGACCAUCAGGUAGAAACGCUUGAAAACGCAGUCCGCCUCUGGUGGAAACGCUUUCAUCUCGUCUCAAUGUUUUUUCAACUCGGCUCCGGUGGAAACUGAGCCAAUUAUAAUUAGGUUUGAAGAAAGGGGAUAGAGCUUGCCGGCGAAGUGCCAGAACUCGCUGCCUAUUGUCGUAUGCCUCUCUCUUUCUACGAACACGAGCCUUUCUUACUUCUACUCAUUCUUUUGUAUGUGCAACACAUGCGCAGAAAGAUAGAAUGAGUAAGACUGCGACAGAAGAUAUAUCGCUCUUUGUCACUUGUCUUAGGGCCCUGAGUAAUUUUGAUACGCACUGUCGUAAAAAUCAAUAAUCAUUCCAUGCCUUUCAGAGACCAUUGCUGCGCCACCUGUGUUUUAUUUAUUUGUUUUUUUAUUAUAAAAUAUUUUUUUAAAUAUUCCGAACAAUAGUAUGUAUAUCGGAAAACAACGAUUUACAGUAUAGAUACAGUGAUUAUUGUAAAAUAAAUCAUUUUUGCGUUGACGGCUAGAGAUGUGAAUCGGUAAUUGACGGGUAAAUUUACCGUAAAUUACCGGUAAAAAACGCGUCAAUGACCAAGCCUGUUUUACCAUAUCGGUCAGAAAAAUGCUGAUCUCUGAUUGGUUAAUACAUGUCCAAUCACAGUUUAGAAUUCCCAACGGCAUACAAAUGUUUAUUUGUUCUAUCAGAUAAGGAUUUUCAUUGAGAACUUGGUGCAAUGGGGGAGAACAAAUCAAUAUAUAAACAUUUCUCUGCAUUACCUCUGCAACCUAACCUAACCUAAAUAAAGUACCUGAAUGUUUUUAUGAUUUAUAUAAUCAUUUUAAUAAUGCAUUUAAUAAUAUUGGAAAUAUUUUUUCGGAAGAAGAAAAGCUGAGCAUAUAUACUUGUUUAGAAAAUCGUAAAACUAUGGCUCUACGGCCCAUACAUUAUGCAGCUAACUUACUUGAUCCUCAAUUAAAAGGAAAAAAUUUAAAUAGGUCAGAAAUGGUUGAAGCUCAUCAAUUAAUUAUAAAUCUUGGUGAUAAAUUAAAUCUAAAUAGUGAUAAGGUAUUAAAAGAUUUAACAGAUUAUGUGUCAGAAUCAAGUAUGUGGAGUUACGACUACGUUAAGCGAGCAAGUAUAAUCACUUCAGCAUGUCAAUGGUGGCAAAGUAUUUGCCAAAAAUCUUCGUUGAGCAAAAUAGCUGUGGCUAUAUUGACUUUACCUGCAACAUCAGCUGCAACCGAGCGUUCCUUUAGUACACAAGGAUGGAUUCAUUCAUCUAAAAGAAAUAAGUUAAGUAUCGAUAGAGCUGGAAAAAUAACAUACAUUGCAAGAAAUUUAAAAUUACUUAAUCCUUCACCAAAAAAUACAGAAGAAGAAUGGGAAGAAGAUGAGGAAAGUAAUAAAGGAGAGGAUGAAAUAAGCGAAAUUUGUGCUGAGCAUGAAGAAGUUGAAUUUUUAGAAGAAGAAUUUACUCAAGACUAAUUAGUGAUGUUGAUGGAAUUGAAUCAGUAUUAGACUUGUUAUUUCCUAAUGAAAUAUGUCAAUUAUUA